AUGGCCGCCGCUAUCCCCCCCAUCACCGGCGUAGGUGCCCCUUCCCUGAUCGCCCCGGUUCGCCCCGAGCGGGCUGGUCGGAUGCUUCGCCGUGGUCUCGUUCUGGACCUGAGCACCGCCUUCGGCUUCGGCACCACCUUCGGCUACCUCUGGUGGUACGGUACGUAUCAGCACUCCCGCAUCCCUCCACUUAGCCCGAUGAUGACAAACAUCCCUAAUGCGUAUAUCCUCCCUUCAGGCUACCACCUGCCCCGCGUCCGUGAGCGUGAUGCCUUCUACUCCCGUCUCGAGCAGGAGCGUGCCGCCGAGCGCGCAUAA